GAAGCUCUGCUCAGGCGAGCGCCACCAUUACCUAUUUAGGAAGCCUGCGGCUCGAACAACAGCUCCUGGAAAAUCCCACGUUCCCUGCGACGCAAGCCCCCAGGAUGAGCCUGCUCAAGCUGCUGGUGCUCCUGGCCCACUGGGGAGUCGCCAGGGCUGGACCAGGGAGGUUCUGGCACAUCUCGGACCUGCACCUUGACCCUGACUACAAGGUGUCCACAGACCCCCUCAAGGUAUGCCCAUCAGCUGGCUCCCAGCCGGUGCACAACUCGGGCCCCUGGGGGGACUACCUCUGUGAUUCCCCCUGGGUCCUCAUCAACUCCUCCGUCUACGCCAUGAAGGAGAUCGAGCCGGAGCCAGACUUCAUCUUCUGGACAGGUGAUGACACCCCUCACGUGCCCAACGAGAGGCUGGGAGAAGCAGCUGUGCUGGAAAUUGUGGAACGCCUGACCAGGCUCAUCAGAGAGGUCUUCCCAGAGCCCUCAAGACCUUGCAGGCUACACAGGACAAAGGGUUUGUUAGAGACAUUUCCCCAACUGAGAAUUGGAGGCUCCAGCCUCCCUCAUCAGUUCAAGAUCACUCCCUGCGAUACUAAAGUAUACGCUGCUUUGGGAAACCAUGACUUUCACCCCAAAAGCCAGCUCCCAGCGGGGAGCAACAAUAUCUACAAUCAGAUAGCAGAACUAUGGAGACCCUGGCUCAAUAAUGAAUCCAUUGCUCGCUUCAAAGAAGGUGCGUUCUAUUCUGAGAAGCUGCCGGGGACGACGGGGCGAAUCGUGGUCCUCAACACCAAUCUGUACUAUACCAGCAAUGAGCAGACGGCCAGCCUGGCUGACCCUGCCCAGCAGUUCCAGUGGCUGGAAGAUGUGCUGAGCAACGCGUCCAGAGCUGGGGAGAUGGUGUACAUCAUUGGCCACGUGCCCCCGGGGUUCUUUGAGAAGAAAGGGAACAAGAUGUGGUUCCGGGAGGGAUUCAACGAGAAGUACCUGAAGGUGGUCCAGAAGCAUCAUCGAGUCAUCGCAGGGCAGUUCUUCGGGCACAAUCACCUGGACAGCUUUCGGAUGUUCUAUGAUGAUGCAGGUGCCCCCAUCAGUGUCAUGUUCCUUACGCCGGGAGUCACCCCAUGGAAAACCACAUUACCCGGAGUAGUCAAUGGGGCCAACAAUCCAGGCAUCCGAGUGUUCAGAUACGACCGAGCCACGCUGAGCCUGCAGGACAUGAUGACCUACUUCAUGAACCUGAGCCAGGCGAACGUGCAGGGAACGGCGCGCUGGGAGCUCGAGUACCAGCUGACCAAGGCCUACGCGGUGCCCGACGCAGGCGCCCGCUCCAUGCACGACGUGCUGGGCCGCAUCGCCAGCGACCAGGGCACGCUGCAGCGCUACUAUGUCUACAACUCGGUCAGCUACGACACGCGGGCCUGCGACCACAUCUGCCGCGCCGAGCACGUGUGCGCGCUGCGCGAAGUGGCCUUGGACUCCUACGCCACCUGCCUGCGCGGCCCCGCCGCUGCGCCCGGGCCCGGGCUCGGGCUCCCGCUCCUGCUGGCAGCGCAGCUAGGCCUGAGCGCGUGGCUCGCAUGGUGACCUGGGGUGCCGCCCGCUGGAUCGCUGGGUUUGCCUUCCUCUGGGUGAAUUGGGGCCGGGUCCCCCCCUGAGGGCUGGACUUUCUCAUUUUCCCGGCGUUCGCAGAGUGAACGGGGAUGGGGCAGCCAGAUCAGGAAAGAAGCCCGAAGACCCUACCACAAGCCCAUUUCUCCCAAGUUUUACGUUUUAUAUGUAUUAAAAAAGCUCACGAUGUAUCUUAUUAUGGGCAUUGCCCUUUCAACAUGUAAAGUGUU